UUCCUUUGUCAAUUAGUUUUGUCAAAAUGGCGUUUAGCUUUCCUGCCUUUUCUUAUAUUAUAGCCCUUAUAAUAGACGCAUUCCUUAUAUUUUUCUCGAUUUUCCAUGUGAUAGCCUUUGAUGAACUUAAAACCGAUUAUAAAAAUCCAAUAGAUCAAUGUAACAGCCUCAACCCGCUAGUCCUGCCGGAAUAUCUGCUGCACUUGUUUAUAAACGUGUUAUUUCUGUUAUCGGGAGAAUGGUUUUCGCUGUUGAUAAACGUGCCUUUGAUUCUGUAUCACAUACACAGAUACCGCACGCGGCCAGUUAUGUCAGGGCCUGGCCUGUAUGACCCCACAAGCAUAAUGAAUGCAGAUGUUCUGACAGUUUGUCAAAGAGAAGGCUGGAUCAAAUUGGCGUUCUACCUCUUGUCAUUCUUUUUAUACUUAUACGGAAUGAUUGUGGUGCUGAUUGCCGCAUAAUUCGGAUGGCAGACCGUAAUGUUAAGUGGUUUACUGUUGUUUAUAAUUAGCACUCCUUAAGUCAAAUAAUAUGAGGAACAAAUUUGUGUAAAUGGUUUAAACACCCCGACUGAGAAACUUAUCAUUUUACUAAUAGGUAUUGGCAGAUUCUGUGACAAUAUGU